UCAUCUCCUGCUCUUCUCGAAGGCGGCAAAGCUGUGUUUAUCGGGUCCAUGGCUGAAGACUGGGCAAAUGUGUUCUCUCUUGAAGGUGAAACUGGCGAAAUCAUUUGGAAGUACAAAACAGCUGAACCCGCUUUCUCAUCCCCUUCCGUAAGUCAUGGCAACAAUGUUGUAUUUUUCUGUUCGUACGAUGCAAACUGUUACGUGUUUAACACUGAGAAUGGUCACGUGCUCUGGGUGUUUGAGGCCGACUCGGCAUUUCAAUCGUCACCUGUUGUCAGGAAACUGGACGAGACUCUCCUUGUUGGAUCCACGGAGGGGAAUAUUUAUGCUGUGGAUUCCGCUAAUGAAAAACUCAAAUGAAUUAGAGAGGAGGGUGAGCUAUUGUCGUCACCAUUUUUCUCUCCUAAUAGAAAUGUCUACAUUGGCUCGGGUGAAGGUGAGAUUUUAGCUCUCCGUCAAACUGAUGGCUCACUCGUGUGGAGUUUUAAGAGAUCUGCUAUUUGGUCGUCACCGCGCCUGGAUAAGAACGGACUGUUGUUCAUAGGAGGUAUAGACACUUAUUUGUAUGCUCUGAGAGCUGAUGACGGACAGUUGGUGUGGAAAUACAAGUCAGAUGGACCUAUUGUGGAUACUCCGCUGAUCACACGUGAGCAUGCUGUACAACAAGCCUAAAGUUUUCAACCCGUAAAACGCAACAUGUCUUCAUGGCUUAUCAAACUGAUGACAAAUUGAAGGAGAGGAUUCCAC